AUGGCACCCCGAAUCACUGACUGGGAUGAUCUGGCAUUUUUUGAAGAGCAUCUAAGCCCUGACUCCGAUUUAGUUCAAAGCACCUCGUUUGGGCUGAUUGAUGACACUGGCAUAUUCUACUAUGGCCAAAUUGACAGUCCAAAGGCUCAAAUUUCGCUCGAAAAGCUCAAUGAUACUCUCAAUCCUGUUCCUUUUGACCCCAUAUUCCCGGUCUGGCCCCCGUCAGGGGCGGAACUCAGCACUGCACCAGAAUUGCUGACCACAAGUACCUACAUCAAAGGGGCCAAUUUUGAAAUGUACCAUUGGCUGAAAGAGAGGGGACUUGAAAAGCAACUCCUCAACUCGCGUGUGGGGGAGGCGCAGGUUCUUGAAGAACUAUCCCAGCAUCCACAUCCAAACUUGAUCCGCUACUAUGGUUGCAAGGUUACAGAGGGCUAUUUCACCGGGAUUGUGCUUGAGAGACACCCCCACGAUCUGGAGGCCUAUGUAGAGAGCGGGUACAGGGUGCCAGAUACGGACCAGUUCAUGGCUGGUCUUGAGUCUGCGAUUCAACACCUGCAUGGACUUGGCUGGGCGCACAAUGAUCUCAACCCAUCGAAUGUCCUUGUCAGUGAGGCUGGCAUACCGAUCAUAAUUGACUUUGAGGGAUGCCAGAAGCUGGGAUCUUCGCUGAAAUUUAUUCGAGGGACUCCGGGGUGGAUUGAAGGGGAUGUCGGGGCUCAUCACACCUCCGAGGUCAAGCAUGAUGUCUUUGCACUUGUCAAAAUCAGGGAGUGGCUCGAGAAACGGGCAUUGUCGGUAGAUGAACCAUGUGCCAAGUGUUAA